UUGCCUCAUCAUCCAAUUUCACCCCACCACCAUCACCCCAUCUCCCCUUCGAUAUAUACACAUUUAUACAUCCAUACAACCAAAAGAAAAGAAAAAGAAAAUAAACCACCAAGAAAUGACCUCCACAGCUAUCCAACCUGAAACCGUCCUAUCGCAAAUAAAUGGCGCCCCCUCCGCCAAAAACAUGGCCCCCCAUCUCCAGCAAUACAGAGACACCCAAUCCACACACAACAACAACAACGACACACCCGCCCAACCAUCCUCACUCUCAAACAUAAUUGCCCAAUGCCACCACAAAGUCCACACCUUCCUUAAUGAAUCCCACCCCGAAGACUCCCUCCUCGCCGCCGUCCAACGCCAAACCCGCACCUCCCUCGACGUCGCCGCAACAGCCCUCUCCCGCUACAGCCUCCCCGAGCUCGCACUCUCCUACAACGGCGGAAAAGACUGCCUGGUUCUCCUCGUCAUCUUCCUCGCCGCCCUGCACCCGCAUCCACCACCCGAAGAAGGCGGCCUGAGCUCCAUCCCUGCUAUAUACGCGCUUCCGCCGGACCCCUUCCCCACAGUCGAGGAGUUCGUGCGGUGGUCGUCGAACGCCUACCAUCUGGAUAUUAUAAAGUAUACAACGGAGCCGCCGAAGUCCACGAUUAAGUCCAGUUUUGCACACUAUCUGUCGUUACAUCCCAGUGUUAAGGCGAUCUUUGUCGGGACCCGGCGGACGGAUCCGCAUGGUGCGAAGUUGACUCAUUUUGAUCGGACAGAUAGUGGUUGGCCGGAUUUUGUUCGCAUUCACCCGGUGAUUGAUUGGCAUUAUGCUGAGAUCUGGGCUUUUAUUCGCCAGCUGGGGCUAGAGUACUGCCCUCUCUACGAUCAGGGAUACACCAGUCUCGGUGGCCAGACGGAUACUCACCCGAACCCCAAGCUUCGUGUGGAAGCUGCGAAUGAGAGUGAAGGUUCUCAACAAUACCGCCCGGCCUACGAGUUGACCAAAGACAUGGAAGAGCGACUGGGGCGCAAUUAGUCCCUGGUCCGCUUGCGUUGAAUUGGUGAUAGCACUAUCAAGUGGUCCAUAACGCGGCAAGUCUAUUGUGUGUUUUGAUAUUUUACAUAAAGAGCGACCCGAGAACAGUGGAUGGUAUCUCUGUAUUGGCAUACCCUAUUUAUUCCCACGAUCUUCCUGAAUUCCCCCUUGUCCCCUUGACUAUACCUCCAUGUCCAUGCUAGAACGAUAGAUUUCUAUAUACUCUUGUGGACUAC